UCAAAACCAACCCAAGAUUUGGUCUCUAGCUCCCCUACUUGUACCAGCACAAUAACUUAACCAACAACAUGAUGAAGAACUUAGCUAACUUCUUGUUCUUGGUCAUCACCAUAGCCGACAUAGCCGGGAGCCUCGCCGUAGAUCCCGCCCCUCCGGCCGACAAGGGCGAACCUGACCUAGAAUUCCACAUGCAUGACAUACUGGGAGGUAGUAACCCUACCGCUAGACCAGUUACAGGAUUACUGGGAAACAUCUAUAGUGGCCAAGUGCCAUUUGCUAGGCCAAUCGGGUUCAAUAUUCCUAGAGGUGGGGUCGCCAUCCCAAAUGCCGAUGGUACGAUCCCAACCUUUAAUGGAAACAAUGGGAUCCCUCUAGGCACGGGAUUGUCUGGCACAUCGUUUGCAGGAUCCGCAACUCCUAAGAGUCAGACACAACUCAGUCCCGAUGGUCUGGGAUUAGGGUUCGGGACGAUUACAGUAAUCGAUGAUAUAUUGACUGCAGGCCCGGAUCUAGGGGCCCAGCCGAUAGGCCGGGCCCAAGGGGUGUAUGUUGCCAGCUCAGCAGAUGGUAGCACACAGAUGAUGGCAUUUACAGCAAUGUUGGAGGGGGGAGAGUAUGGUGAUAGUAUGAACUUCUUUGGAGUAUAUAAUGUGGGGUCCACCUCAUGCCGUCUAUCGGUGACCGGAGGAACGGGGAAAUUCAAGAAUGCUUCAGGUUUCGCCGAGGUUCGGUCGCUCUUUCCUUCCGGCCAGCAUGUGACCGAUGGUGUCGAGACGUUGCUCAAGAUAUCUGUGCAUCUCAUUUACUAGGGAGUAUGAUGAGAGUGGUUUUUUACCUAAGUAUGGACUAUAUAAAGUAUGUGUGGGGCCGAGGUCUGGUUUGUUGUU